ACCUAACCCAGGAAGAUGGCAACUAUUAACUUGGACUAUAAUAAUGCUGUAUAGCAAAAUUGUGUCAAGUGGUUACAUUUAAUUAGGAACUUUAAAAUGACACUCUUGGGUUAACUGAUUUCCUUUUAAUCUUUGUAUUUCAAAGAUGGAUAAAGGUAUACUCUUGUCUGGGAAUUCCAGUGUCAGUAGUAUGCCUGAACUGCUUAAUACAAAUCAGGUAGUUUUUUUUAAUAAAUAUUGAUUAUUAUAAUAUAAUAAAGAUAAUUUAUUGUAGAGACAAAAGUAGUUUACAAAUUAGAAUUCACCUAGCCUAGACUUAGAUCUACUUUGUCACACUGUGUGUAGUUUGGUUAGUGUUUGAUUAGAGCUUAUGUAUGCUUUGGCUCUGUCUUUGGCCUUCGCCUUCACUGAAGACGAAGGCAACUGAAGCCAGCCCUCAAUAAUAUUACUGACUAGUGACUAGUGAUAUAAACUAAGGCCAUAAUAAAUAAUACUAUUAAAACUAUUAUAAUUACACUUUACUAAUACUAUCUAUAUGAGAAUGAAAACUUUUCUAGUCUUUGAUAUUAUAUAUUAUAAUAUAUUUUAAAGUUACAUUUAAUUAAUAGAAACUCUUGAGUAGUCACAGAAAGUUUUGAUGAUUUCUCUGCUAGGGCUUAACCUGGUGUAGUUUUAACACUGGGUACUUUGAGAAAUAGGCCUACCCUCUUCUGGCCUUUGCACAAUAGGCCUACUGCCAGUCCUACACCCAACAUGUCGGCCUUUAAAAUAUAGGCAUACAGACAGUUCUACAUCAUACUAUUGCCGCCAGUGGGUGUUAAUUGAUCAAUAUAAUAGUCGCCUCCCCCUAAAGAAUAUUGUUUUACUUAGCUGUCAAGCUAACAUGUCACGCUUGACAGCCUUUUUUUUUCACUCAGUACUAUAAAUAUAUAACAUAUCGAGUUGGGUGGGGGGUGGUUUUGAAAAGGAUGCAAGAAAAACCAGAAGGAAUAUAUAUAUAAGAUAUAAUAAGAAAUUUUUAAUUAAUAUUUCCUAGUACAGCGUAAGGCAUGGCUUUUUUUUAAACUACACAGGGUUAUUUUUGGCCACCACUGCUUAGACCUGUCUCGAACUUGACAUUGACUUCACUUUCCCUGCCCAUCUAUGUCCUGACUUGGGAAAUAGUUUGUUUAAAUGCAUAUGCAUUCCAUUUGUCCUCAAGAAUGCCACUAGGUUACACAAUUUUUAGAUUUUCGGUACUAGAAUGUUCAGAUUUAAUUCCUAUAUAAAGCUCGCCAUAUUUCUUAGCAUAUAGACUUCUGAGGCUUUGACCUACCGAGAGAUAGAUUUAGAGAGAAAUAAGUGAUGUUUAUAUUAUUGUGUGUAUAAAUUAAUAUUUCUGUAUUGGGGAUUGUACUUUUUUUCCCACUUGCUGUAACAUGAUACACUUUUUUGCUUCUGUAAUUUAAUUUGUAUUUGUAGAGAAAUGUAUUCAAAUAAUUAAAUUAAAUUUUAGUGUCACUAGCUUUGGUAAAAUUUUUCUUUACAUACUGUUAGAUCAGUCUUUUGUUAAGUAUUGUUUCUUCUACAAGCCAACUAUUAAGAGGGAUUUUAUCUUUAAAAUCAUAAUUGUGCAACACAAUUUUUGAAUUAACCUUCUGAAACAUUGUUAGGCACCACUCCCAGACUCAGUUCAAAAAAAUGGAUGAUGAGUUUCUUUUGAUAGAUUGAUUUUAAAUUAUCCCACAGUCACUGAAAUUGCUAUAUUGAGGAAAAAUAUUAGUAUUAGACCUAGGCACUGUUGUAUGAGGAGUUAGCUGUCAGGCCCUUGCUGCACUUUUAUUUUGUGGGGCUGCAUUUAAAGUCCACUACACAUACUAUUGAAACUGAUGUAGGAAGGGGGUGAGGAGGGGAUGGUCCAAACCCCCGAAGCCCUUUUGUCUUUAUUAGGAUAGGCAGGAUUUUUGGUCAAAUGCAGAGUUUAUUUAUGGGUGAAGGUAGCAAAAAUCUUGGCCUGCCCUAGUUGGCACUAACCCUAGCGAUGAUACAGAGUAUGGGGACAUCCAUCAAUGAUGUCACGCGUUGGGGGGGGGGGGAGAUAAUAAUUUGUGACAGUGUGUUUUAGAAUUAGUAAUUUGUUACAAAUUUGUGACAAGUAGCAAAAAUCUUGGGCUGCCCAAGUUGGGACUAACCCUAGCGAUGAUACAGAGGAUGGGGACAUCCAUCAAUGAUGUCACGCGUUGGGGGGGGGGGGAGAUAAUAAUUUGUGACAGUGUGUUUUAGAAUUAGUAAUUUGUUACAAAUUUGUGACAAUUGAUCAAAUCAGUCAAAAAUGUGUGACGAAAUUUAUGGAUGGCUCCUUUGGCUUUAGUUUGAAAGUAUUUGAAAUUUCAAAUUCUGUUGGGUUUGUGUUUUUUUUAGUUAGUGAGAGGGAAAUUAAGGACCACCCAGGGUGUCAAACUGUAGCUAUUUCUCUGGACCUAAAUAUGGUAUACAUUAAUUAUAUAUAAUUCAGAUCAAUUUAAAUUUAAAACUAAUGGUUCUAUUCCCUAAUCAUAUACAAUUAAAGGGACAUAAAGACAUAUUUUUUUUGUAGGCUAGGCUAAAGAAAUAAACAAACUUUUCCUAAACUAAAAUAGGUUUUAUAAUACUCAAAAACAAAUAAUUCAUUUCAUUAUAAGUGAAUUUUAUUUUUCAGAUGAAAGCAGUUGCUAUUCUUAGCCUGAUGACAUCUUGUUUAAGGUAAAAUAAUAGAAAUUGUAUCCUAUAUUUUUUAUGAAGGCAGGCUGGCAAUUAAGAUUUGAAUAGAAAAUGGAAAUUGUAUAAUUAAUUUACUAAAAAAUAUAAAUAUAUUAUAAUUUAAGGAAAGGGAAGGCACAUUAUGUCCCCUAAUUAUUUUUUUACUUUAUGAAAAUAAUAAUUUUUAUUUGCUUUCAGCUAUUUGCAAUAAAUUCUUUCUAGAAUAUUUUUUUAUUAUUAUUUAAAAAGGUAUUGCAGCAAAUAUUAAUCUAUUAAAAAAUGUAUCUUUAACAGCUUCAUUGGCUCUGGCUCUGUGUUUACCUGUGCCAUUUAUCAUGGGAGAGUUUGCUACCCUGAGGUCUCACAUUGUUUUAAUUUUUUCACUUUUUAUAUAGGCCUACCUUUUAAUUAAAUUGUGACCUGAACAUUAGUUAAGACCAUAAAAUAACUGUGAAUUUAUUACAUAAAUGUCUUGACUUCACAUUUUCAGUUAAAAUUAUUAAUGUUUGAACAUUCAUUGUUUGAAGAUGUUUUUUUUUAUUUUUAAUGCCAAGUUAUUUAGAGUUUAUUGGUUUGUUCAACUUUGAAUCAAGCUUGAAUCUAUCUUUGAAUCUUGUGGAUUAACUUAAUUAUUGUAAAAUAAAAAUAGUGUUUCCAUUUGCAUCCUCAGAUAUUUCCAACUUUUCAUCUAGCACUUGCAGAUAUGCUGGCCUCAUUGUUUCUUGUUACUUCAUCUGCAAUCUUUCUCAAUAAUUUGGGGUCAGGCAUGAUAAACUUUCCAGGAAGCUCAGGGCCUUGUGGCUAUUUGAUGACCCUAGUAACAGUAAGGAAUAUAAUUCUCUUCCACUCAACUCUACAAAUAUUUUAAAUGGAAAAAAUAGUUAAAGUUAACUAACUUUCAUAAGUACUCAGGUAAUUCUGAAUUUAAUAUCUUUUUUUAAGAGGAAACUCACUUUAAUUAAAACAUUAAGUUAUUUAUUUGUAGUAAAAAAAAAAAUACUCUAAAUUCAAAUAGACUUGAGAAAAUAAUAAUAUAUCUCUAUUUUAAAUAACUAAUUUUUAAAUGGAAUCAUGAAGUAGCUUAUGGCAAAUAAAAUUUUGGCUGUUGAUCCUUGGCUACUACUAAAUGUUAAUACAAGCAGUCAAAAGCUCAAAAAAUUUACUGAAUAACUCACACGUUUGAUAAUAUAUAGAGAAAUUUGUGUUUUUUAAUGAUGCCAUUUUUACAUAGAUUAGCAGACCUGUUUACCUUCCAACUCUUAAAAUCGUACACUAUCCUCACAAAAUCGUUCAAUACCUUAUCUGAAUAGUAAAAAAAAAACACAGUAUAUAUAAUAUUUAGGCCUCAAAAUCGUACAUUGUACGCCAAAAUCGUAAGAGUAAACAGGUCUGGAUUAGGUUGCUAAAGAACAGUUGUGCAUAACUAUUCUGUUAGUUUUUAUACUUUUUUAUAAUUGUAAAUUGUAAGAAAGCAGUGCUUUUUAAAUUAACUCUAUACUUAACUUAACUUGUUUCACUUUUACAUUAUAGAGUGCCUACACUGCUGCUUUUUUACUGACCAUAACUUAUGCAAUGGAAGCCUUGUUUAGAUUUCGUCAAAGGCUUAAGGAUGGAACAAACUUGGAUCUACUAGCAGUAAGAUGUUGUCGAGAGUUUUGAAUCAUUAUUAUGUAAUGCAUCAGAAUUGCUUUAUGAGGAGCUUUGCCAGUAUUAACAAGUAAAAAUUUCAUCACAAUAAGGUGUUGCUAUUAUGUCUUUGCUUAGUCCUAUCUUUGCCUUCUAUUUUAUUCACGAACAAUGGGAUGUUAACCAUUUUUGUAGGUGAUAUACUCAAGCUCAUUUAUUAAUAUUUUAAACUUACAAUUUUUUGUUAUGUAAUCCUUGUCAUAUGGUGUUUUUUUUACAUCUAGGUGAAAGCUGUUAGCAACAAGUGGAUGUAUUUAGCCUACAUUCUUGCUUGGUAAGGUGGUUUUUAUUUUUCUUGUUUUUGGUUUUCAACAGAAAUACAGUCAAGUAGUCUUAAGAGACAAUACAUCUAUAAAGGCUUGUAAAAGAGCAUAAAUUAAACAUUGAUAGAUAUAUUUUAUUUGUGUAUUCAAAAGAUUUUGAAAAAGAAACAUGAUUAGUACUAAAUCCUCACUAAUAGAGGUUAAGUCUAAAUAAAAAUUGUGCACAUGAUAUUCAACCUUUGAAGAUCCAAUUAGCUUUGGUUAGUUUUAGAGUUACAACUUUUAAAAUUGUUUUAAUUCAGAUUAAAUUAUGGUGCAGUAUUUAAUAACAAUUUUAGCACUUUCAGCUUUAAUCUUACAUUUUGUUAUAUAUGAAAUCAUGCAAAAUAUCAUUAAGUCUUUCUUAAUGAAUCUAUUACCUUUUAAUUUUUCUCAGGGUAGUACCUGUGUGCUCAGCAAUUGGUGUUAUGAUAGUAACACACAACCUUCGAGAUACAGAUGACUUUGACAUACCUGUCCAUAUACUUUCUGCACAGUGUUCAUCGUAAGGAAGUUUUAACAUUGCGCUUAUAUCAUUUAGUGAAGUCAAUAGUCUGAAAUUGAUUGAAUAUGUUAAUAUCGUUUUUUAUAUUACACAAAUGCACUAUUUAGAGGAUUUCUUUUGUCAAAUUUCAUCUCCUGUUAAUUAUAAGAUUAUAUUUUGCAGAUGCUUUGCAAAUUUCCGGUUCAGUGAAGAGUAUUGCUGGGUAAGUUACAUGCUUAACUAUGUCGUCUAAUACUUUCAUCUGAUAAAUUAUUUAAGUUUAAAAAGGUAUUAUUUAAAAUUUUGUGUCGAUUGUCAAGGAAAAAAUACUGUUAAAUUGGGAUUUGCAAACUACAGGGAGCCUGCAAAAUCCGUUGUCAGCGUUUCUUAAUAUUUCCCAAUAUUUGUCAUUUCCAUGCAGCUUUAUGGCUUUUUUUAAAGUCAUUUUUGGAGUGAUUUGGGACAAUUUAAAAAAAAGCCUUUUCUUAUAAUACUUAUUUCACAGAAUCAAGUGGAAGAUGGUGAAACCUGGCAUAAAUUCAUUAAGUUGAUUUUUGUUGUUCCAUUACUUUUGGUAGUCAUCUUAAAUAUGGUGAGUGAUUUUUUAUUCCCUAUUCAAGUUAUAUAGCUCUCAAAAUGUUGAAAAUUCCUAAUGAAACUCAUUGCUUUUAACUUGUGCUAAAUUUGGAUAUUCCUAGCAAAAUAAUUGUACUUAGCAAUCAAAUUUACCUGAAUAUAAAUGAUCCAGGCUAUAUCUGUAUCUAUUAUAUUUUAACAAAAGAGUUGGAAUAUUUACUUUGCUGCCAUCUCAUACAAAUUAACUUGUUCUUGUGGACCCAAAACAUUUUGCCACUGAUUUACAAAAUGUCUCUGUGGAAAACAAUCAUUGGCAUAAUGUUAUCUCCUUUAAAAAAUAAUCAUUGGUAUAAUGUCAUCUCCUUAUAAAAACAAUAAAUUGGUAUAAUGUAAUCUCCUUAAGAAAACUAUCAUUGUAUAAUGUUAUCUCCUUAAGAAAAUGUAUUGUUUGAUUUUAUCCCCUUAAGAAAACAAUUUAUGUGAAUAUUUUAAGUGUUAUCCCACUUGUGAUCUGUCAUAUUGGAACAAAGCUAUUAUUUUACUUUUGUUCUGGAAAAUCACCCUUGGAGCAAGAUUGUAUUGGUAACACAAUUUCACAUUUGUCUUUGUUUAGUACCAGUUGUCUACAUACCCAUCUGAAUUAUCUAUGUAUCAAUUCCUUAUGUUUCAGAUGUUUUAUAUCUUAAUUACCAAAGUUUUUAAACUAGUGGCAAUGAGAAGAGGUAGGUUUUUGCUCUAAGUUUUCUGUUAAUAACAAUUAAAAUUAAUUUACAUUCUUAUGUGACAUAACCAUUUCAUUUCAGUUACGAAUUUUUAAAAAUACAAUUAAAAAUAAUUAAAUGAAAAAAUUAUUACUGUUGUAAAAAUUGUGAUAUAUGGAAAAAAAAUUGACAAAUUAUUUAUUUGCAGGAUUGCUUAGCUACCAUCAAAGACAGGAAGAAACUCUUCUUAAGAAAAAAGCAAUGUUGUACCAGGGUGUCUUCUUUGUAUGUUGGCUACCUUGUAAGUCAAGUAACUUUGCACCAGUACAUGAAAAAGCUAGUCCGAAUGACAAAAUUUAUUCUCCCUUAGCUAAUAUUCUUGGUAAUGUUUAAUAUUCUUUAAAAGUAAAGAAUUGAGAUAACUUUUACUAAAAAAAAUUAUUAAGAUUAGGACAAAUGUUUCAUAUGAUAUAAUACAGAGGACUAAGCAGUUGUAUGUGUUCAAAUUCUUUGCCAAUAAAAAAAACAGCACUAAAACAUUUGAAGGACUUAUUAAAGCUUAAAAAAUUUCAGUUGCCAAAAUUGUUUGACUUUGUGCUAUGAAGUUUCCCAUGUAGAACAUGUGAUAGAAUAGCCAUAACUUAAGCAUGUCAAGCAGGAGUGUGAUACUUAAGGAACAUUUCUUGUAAAUUGUCUGAAAGAAUCUUCUUUAUCCCAUAGUCUAUGGUCUGAAAUCUAACCUGUGUGGAAGCUUACAAUAUAUUUGUUUGAAUUUAUCAUUUAGAAGAAUUGAAAUGUAAAUCUUAUGAUUAUUAAAAAUUGUUGCAAAUAUCUUGUUUCAGCUGUUAUUCUUGGGAUUGUUUCAUUCAUUGAUUCAUAUACAAUGAAGACCUUUUUCUGGCUGCUUAUAAUACAGGUAAUUCUAAAAAUUUUCACUCAGAUUUUCGAGUUUUUGUUUAGUUUAUGAUCUGAACAGAUGCAAAAUUUAAAAAAAAAAAUUUUUUUUAAAAUAAUUCAUCUUAUUAGUUCAGUUUUUAAGUAUUGAAAACAAUUCUUGUGUCACCCCUGUAUUCCAUGGUCAUCAAAAAUCAUGAUAUAAAAACUGUUGCCAAACAUUGCUUCUUGUCACAAUUCUAGUGCUGCCCUCUCAAAUAUUAUUUUUCAGCUAAGUGCUAUUUUUUAAUUAAAUUCUGUUUUUUUCCUGUUGUUUGUUUGCUGACGAAGGCUUCCUGCCAACACGUACGUUGUUUUGUUGGGUUCAUUUUUAAGGUUUUCACAUUUUGUUUUACUCAUUUCCUUUUACUGCUUCUUGUAGUAUUUUUAUAAGUUAAUUGAUAAGUUAAUUAUAAGUUUAUAAUGUUUCAUCUACUCAUUACUCGUCAAUACCAGGCUAUCUUAGGACCACUGCAAGGACUUUUAAACAGUAUAGUUUAUGGAUGGAAAAGAGAUGGCUUCAGACGAGCCUUGUCCGAGACAUCCUCUCUACUUAGCACAAAUAGAGCAACCGCCAUGUCAGUAACAUUAUAGAUUUUUUGCGUGCCUUUUCACCAAGAAUCCAAAAAAGCAAGGCUUUUUUUUUUAAAUGCUGUUUUUGUCUCGCUUUCCAACAGCCCUGUUGUUCAAUUUUAUGGAAUAAUUUUAAAAUAGAGUGCAUACAUAAGUGGAGUGUGUGAACAUAUUUCCAUGUUUGGCUGCUUUUCUGAUAUUUUUGUGUUAAACAUGCCUUAUGAUUAAUUUUAAAGGUAAAAAUUGAAAAGCGAUUCUAGUUAAAUAAAUUAUUGCACUUGUAUCAUUCUCAAUAACCUGUCCGGGAUUAGUAUAUUUUGAAAAGUCCAUAAGCUGGCUCCUAAAUUUUUAACCCAACACCGUAAGUGAAAAUAAUGAAUGCGACUUUAUAAAAUAAUAAAAAAAGAUCAACAUUUUUUACAAUUCAAAAAUUUCACUGUAGCCAUGAACAGACUUUGUUUAGAUAAUGUAGAAUGUUAAAGUUUAACUAACUCAUUUCUGUGUUCAUGUUGUUCCUUAUUACCUCCUAAUUGAUCCUCACCCCCUUCCAUUUUACUAGUUGCAUUAUGUCAUUUCUAGCAUUCAUUAUUUGAAACAAAGUAAUACACCCAUAAAAUCAGCUUAAACUAUGCACCAUUUCUAUUUUUCUCCAUUAUUUCAAACAAUGGGCCCU